AUGACCGAUCGCGAUGGCGUUCCGUAGUUUAAGAAUCGAUUCUAGUGAAAAACGUCGCUUCCUUUUCCGGCAAGGUCCGACAAAGAACCAAAAUGGUGCAGCGACUCCAGUAUCGACGACGGCUGUCGUAUAACACGAAAAGUAACAGGAGACGCGUCGUCCGUACUCCUGGUGGUAAACUCGUUUACCAGUACCUCAAGAAACCCAAGAAGAUCCCCAGAUGUGGACAGUGCAAAGAUAAGCUCAGAGGUAUCCAGCCUGCAAGGCCCAUGGAGCGUUCUCGUAUGUGCAGACGCAAGAAGACCGUAAAGCGGGUCUACGGCGGUGUCCUUUGCCACAAAUGUGUCAAAGAAAGGAUCGUUCGUGCGUUCUUGAUUGAAGAACAAAAGAUCGUCGUCAAGGUAAUCAAAGCGCAGCAGGCUUCCAGUAAGCCCAAGAAGGCCGAUAAGUAACCUGUUCAACUUUUAUUCAACGAAAAAUAAAACCAAAAAAAAUCUGACAA